AUGAUACAGCCUGUUGCUCCCAAGGAUUCAGAUCUCAUUUUAUCUGGGGGAGAAACUGGGCAGCAUACUAAUGACACAGGGGAGGGGAAUGUAGAAAUCCUAAUGGAGAUGGAAAACCAAGAAUUGGCAACUAAAACCACUGUUGAGAUGGGAAUUACAAGUAAGCCAAAGGUAGCUGCAGGAGGAAAGACAGGGGCUUCAUGGAAGAGGAAGCAGAACAAUACAGGCAGAUUAUUAAGAAUGUCUGAGCAGCCUACAAAUAGUUCCCUGGCUAUUGAGGUAUCUAAAGGGGAGAAGAUUAAUAAGACUUUGAAGAGAAACAGAGAACUUGUGAUGUAUGGUGGGGGCAGUUGUUGGCUAAUAAAUUCUGUAUGCAAGUGGAAGCCAAAGGAGCAGGUGUUAGAGAGUGGUGCUGGUUGA